UAUUUAUUCCAUUCAAAAUAUGAUCGUUUGUUCAAUCGAAACGAAUACAUUUACAUAACGAAAUCGGUUAAGAAGUUGAAAAUUUGGGAAAUUAAUUCGAAAAUGCUGUCCAUCGUGCAUUGGUGUACACUAUGCAGUCGCCCAAAAUAGAAAGGUGAGCCGCUCAAUCACCAAUACGAAGACCUUUUGAAAGUGUAUAGCAUGGCCGAAAAAAAGAAGCGAUCCAAAGUAACAUUAACCAAAUGUAAUAAAGAAGAAGAUGGAAAGAAAGAAAAAAAAUAUUAUAAAACACGCAUACACACACUACAGGUAUUCAUUGGGGCGACAUGGUCGUGUUGUUAGUACAACUUUUAUCGUCAAGUUAACCGCACAAUUUUAUCGAGAUAGCCUUGAGGGAAACUUUUCAAAAAUGGGCUUUGGACUGAUUUUAUUGCUUAUUUUGUACAUCAUUUGGGAUUUCAACUACUUUAUUCGAUGUGUGUUCACUGUGGCUUUGGGCCGAUUAUUCCAACAGAAACGGAAGAUCAACGAAACAACCACUAUUUAUGGCUUAUGUACAACACAGGAUGUUGACAUUUUCAUCAGACACAUGAACAAUGCACGAUAUGUGCGUGAACUUGACUUCGCCCGAUUCCACUUCUAUGCGUUGACCGGAUUGUAUGAAGGUGUACGCAAAAAUGGAGGUGGUGCUGUUCAGGGUGCCUCAUCGGUGCGUUAUCGCAAAACCAUUCCUAUCUUUAAUCCAUAUAAAAUCGAAACCAAACUCAUUUGGUGGGACGAAAAGGCAAUUUACUUGGAGCAAAAAUUCAUCACCUUCGAUGGUUUCGUACGGGCUAUUGCCAUGUCAAAGCAAAAUAUCACAAAUUGUAAUGUUGUUCAACUCAUGAAUGGGUUCCAAGGCGGUGAGAAAAUCCCAGACCCACCACAAGAAUUGCAAUUAUGGUUGAACGCCAUCGAAGUAUCCAGUGAGAAAUUGCGUAAAGACAAGAAGAGCAAAUGAAGCGGCCCAAUCCGAAUAGCGGCUUCAUUCAUCUAGAUUUCUGUUAUCGCCUUUUUACCAAUCGUGGAAAUGUUUUUGUAUUAGAAAAUUAAAGAAAAAUGCGCUUACAAAUUCAUAAA